CUCUCUCUCUCUCUCUCUCUUCUCUUCUCUUCUCUUCUCUCACACGAACUUAGGCAUAUUUCCAAAUUCUUACAAGACUUUGCGUCUGAAAAAGUGUCAAAGACUUUGGAGACUAAACCCACGCUGCACCAACAUGUUGAUUCCAUUUAUUUAUUGAUGUAUUGAUGUAUUUAUUUAUUUAAUUAUUUAUUUUACGUAGCCCUGCACCGAAGAUGAACUGUAAAUUCUCCGUGGUUUCACAAUGGUUCAUUCAACACACCACGAUUUUCCCUGAAUACACCCGUGUGUAGUGUCAAAAGAUCUUUCCACCUUCUGUCCCAACAGGUUACGGAAUGACAGAGACAAGCCCAGCAACGCACACAGCACCCCUGGAGGGUUGGAAGUUCGGAUCUGUUGGUGUUCCUUUGCCAAACACCGACAGCAAGGUGGUUGAUAUAGAGAGUGGCAGAGAGCUGGGAGCGAACCAGGAGGGAGAAAUCUGGGUUCGAGGUCCUCAAGUGAUGUUAGGUUAUCAUGACAACAAUGAGGCUACACAAGAAGCUUUCGGAGGGGACGGCUGGCUGAAGACAGGCAGGCGCGGCUUCUCUUUUCGCUGA